UAGAUGUGGAAGAUAUUUUGUUUAUUGUCAGCAUCCAGCAUUCAGAAGAUUUCGAAUUUAUCUACUAUAUUAUAAUGCAUACAUUCUCUUUCCGAUUGGAAAUAUAUCGGAAACAGCAAGUGUAUGGUUUACUCUAGUCUUGUCUGUAGAACGUUAUUUAACCAUGAGUCAAAUAGGUUCAGUAUAUCAGAAUAAAUUAAAGAUGCACUCAUCUAACAUAUCACCUUUAAAACAAAAAAAUGAAAUGUCGCAUAAUACAAACCAUUCAAUUUAUAGCUUAGAAUAUCAAGAAACUCUUAAUGAAGAAAUGAAAUUACCAAACAAAGACUUAGUUGAAAGAAGAGAAGGAAAGAUACUGGAACAACAACAACAACAACGACAAACAACAAUGAAUCAUUUAAAAUUGUAUAAAAAGUUGUCAAACUGCUGUAAUUUGUUAGGGUUGAAACAUGCCGCAAAAAGUUCAACCAAUACACCAACACCAAAAUCUCUAUGUAUUUUUAAAAGAUUACGUCAUUCACAUUUCAACAAACCGAUAGGAUGUUGCAGUUUAAUUAAAUGCAUACAGCUGUAUACUUGUCGAAAUUGUAAUUUCAAACAUUCAUUAUUAUUUGUAACAUUUUUUAGCAUACUACUUAAUUUGCCACUAUUCUUUGUUCAAAAAGUUGUCAGUAAAAUUGUUCCUGUAAAAAACUCAACAAUUAAACAAGUGGAUGACAAUAAAACAAGUGAAUGGCUUCAUACUACAUCAAACCAAGCCAAUAGUUUAACUUCAGCUGAUAAUCAGUACAAUCAGGGUCAAAUACAAGUUUUCACUGGGCUUACAGAAUUCGGCAAUUCAGACUUUUAUAAAAUUUUCUCAUGGACACGUAUCAUGUUAAUACAGGUUUUACCUUUAUUAUUUCUAUGCUUAGUAAAUUUUUGUUUACUACGUUUCCUACAUAUAGCAAAUAAACGUCGUCAAAAGUAUUUAUUACCAAAUGUAUCCAAUAAAAAACCCGGUCGUUUUAAAUUACACAAAGCAAAUUUACGCACAACCAAAGUUAAUAAAGCUUCAAGUGCUAGAUGGCAAGCAGCACAACGUAAAUUAACCAUUUUAUUAAUUGUUAUCAUUUGUUUAUUUAUAGCUGGACAAAUACCGCAGGCAUUUGCAUAUAUUACAAUAUUUGAAGCAUUUAAUAGACAUUUCGGUAAUAAAUGCAAACGAUGGAGAUGUUGUCCUCCAUAUUUAAUUUAUCGUUCCAUAGCACAUAUGCUAGGCUUAUUUACUUAUUCUAUAAAUUUUUUUGUUUAUCUGACAUUGAAUAAACAUUUUAAACAACAAUUAAACAUCUGGUUUUUAUCUAUAUGUCCUAUUAGUAGACUUCAAAAGAGAUAUUUAUUAAAACAAAAUAAUUUAAUAAAUCAUUCCUAUGAACAGUCAAAAUCUCAAAUAUCAUUAACUAAUCAACAUAAGGCAAAAUCUCUACUACCUCAUAGUAGAAAAUGUUCAUCGGUGUUAUUUUGUAAACCUACAAAACAAUUAAAACGCAUUGAUAAUACAGAUUUAUUCUCUGAAGCAGUUUCAGCUCCAGUUGACUUAUGCACCAAUUCAAAAUGGGAAAAUAAAUUAGAUUGUCAACAAAUAAAUGAAAUGAAACAAGAUGUAUUAUUACCGCCUACAGAUCAUUCCUUUCAGUGUAUAAAUCAAGUUAAAUCAAAUGUAAAAUUCGAUAAUAAAAUGAAUUAUACUAAACUAAAUUAUUCUUCAGUACCAAGUAUGAAUGAUGCAGUCAAUUAUUUAAUCAUAUCAAAUCCAUUCAAUAUAAAUAAUAAUUUAUUACAUAAAUCUACAGAAACACAAACACAUCAUCAAAAAUUAUCUUUAACAUUGAAAAACACAGAUCAAUCAUUUAUUUCAUUACAACCAACCAAUUGUCAUACUGAAAUAAAAUAUGAUUUAAAUUAUCCAUCAUGUAUUUAUAAAACAUUUCGUGCUUAUUAUUCACAUGAUUCAGUGAUAAAAAAUUGGAUAUUUCAAUUAACUAAUUUAAAUAAUAAUAAUAAUAAUCAUAAUAAUAAUAAUAAUCCAUCAUCUACAUCCACCUUAUCAUCAACUACAUCACAAUCAAAUUCUAUUUAUUCCAAUCAUUUAGUAACAAUUGGACACAGUUUCGAUAGUUUACAACAUGGACUGUGUUAUUAUGAUCAACAAAAUUCUAAUAGACGCAAAGAAGAUACUAAUGACAAUGUAAAACAGAAUAUUAUACAUUGUGUAAAUCUUAAUAUGUUACAAAAUAAUGAUAAUAAAGAUUAUUUUGAUCCAAGUAAUAAUAACAAUUGUAGUAAUAAUAAUAAUGGCAGUAAAAACAGCAGUAAUAGUACUACUAUAGAAAAUUCCAAAACUUGUACUCAUUCAAUAAUUGAUUCAGAUUCACAUGGUGCUGGUUUAACAUUUUCACAUGUUUAUUGUCCAUUAAUAUAUAGAGAAAGUGAUUUCGAUGUUAUUUCAAUUGAUGGAACUAUUGAACAAGAUGAACCAGAGCCAAAUUCAUUUUUAUAA